CAAGUCUCGCGAGCUUUGUCAGUAACAGUUGAUUGUAAUGUCAGUGCAGUCCAAUUUACAGGCUGGAGCAGCAGCUGCAUACUGCAUUUCCCUGAAGUAAUACAUGAUUUCCACUCCUUGAAACUUUAUCAUCUUGUUGCAGUUAGUCGGAAACCAAUAUGCAGAGCAAGGGUAUAAUCAUAAACACCCAAUGUCUUUUGCCGUUUCUUCUGCUCUGGGUGCUUAUCGGGGAAUCACACUCUGAAGAAGACAUCAUCAUUACAACCAAGAGUGGUAAAGUCAGAGGGAUAAACUUGUCAGUUCUUGGUGGCACAGUGACAGCCUUUCUUGGAAUUCCCUACGCACAGCCACCUCUUGGUAGACUUCGAUUCAGAAAGCCACAAUCCUUGACCAAGUGGUCUGAUAUUUGGAAUGCCACAAAAUAUUCAAAUUCUUGCUAUCAGAACACAGAUCAAAGUUUCCCAGGCUUUAUUGGGUCAGAGAUGUGGAAUCCAAAUACUGACCUCAGUGAAGACUGCUUGUACCUGAAUGUUUGGAUUCCAGUACCUAAGCCCAAAAACGCUACUGUGAUGGUGUGGAUCUAUGGUGGUGGUUUUCAAACUGGAACGUCAUCUUUGCCUGUUUAUGAUGGCAAGUUUCUGGCACGAGUGGAAAGAGUUAUUGUGGUUUCAAUGAAUUAUAGGGUGGGUGCCCUGGGAUUUUUAGCUUUACCAGGAAAUUCUGAGGCACCAGGUAAUAUGGGCUUGUUUGACCAACAGUUGGCACUUCAGUGGGUCCAAAAGAAUAUAGCAGCUUUUGGUGGAAAUCCUAAAAGUGUAACUCUCUUUGGAGAAAGUGCAGGAGCGGCUUCAGUGAGCCUUCAUUUACUCUCCCCUAGAAGCCACCCAUUGUUUACCAGAGCCAUUCUGCAAAGUGGAUCUUCUAAUGCUCGUUGGGCAGUCAAUUCUCUUGAGGAAGCUAGGAACAGAACAUUGACCUUAGCUAAAUUCAUGGGUUGCUUUAGAGACAAUGAAACUGAGAUAAUCAAAUGUCUCCGAAAUAAAGACCCCCAGGAAAUUCUUCUGAAUGAAGUAUUUAUUGUUCCCUACGGUACUCUCUUGCAAGUACCUUUUGGUCCACUGGUGGAUGGUGAUUUUCUCACUGACAUGCCAGACACACUACUUCAACUUGGACAGUUCAAAAAAACCCAGAUCUUGGUGGGUGUUAACAAAGAUGAAGGAACAGCAUUUUUGGUAUAUGGUUCUCCUGGUUUCAGCAAAGAUAAUGACAGUAUCAUAACUAGACAAGAAUUUCUAGAAGGUUUAAAAAUGUUUUUUCAAGGAGUGAGUGAACUUGGAAGGGAAUCGAUACUUUUCCAUUACGCGGACUUUUUAGAUGAUCAAAGAGCUGAAAAAUACCGGGAGGCCCUGGAUGACGUUGUUGGGGAUUACAACUUCAUAUGCCCUGCCUUGGAGUUCACCAAAAAGCUCACAGAUUUGGGAAAUGAUGCCUUUUUCUACUAUUUUGAACACCAAUCAUCUAAACUCCCUUGGCCUGUGUGGAUGGGAGUGAUGCAUGGUUAUGAAAUUGAAUUUGUCUUUGGCUUACCUCUGGAGAGAAGAGUAAAUUACACAAAAGCUGAGGAAAUUUUGAGUAGAUCCAUAAUGAAACGCUGGGCAAAUUUUGCAAAAUAUGGAAAUCCAGAUGGGACCCAGAAUAGUAGUACAAGCUGGCCUGUCUUCAAAAGCACUGAACAAAAAUAUUUAACCUUGAACACAGAAUCACCAAAAGUAUUUACUAAGCUACGUGAUCAACAAUGCCGAUUCUGGACACUGUUUUUUCCCAAAGUCUUGGAAAUAACAAGAAAUAUUGAUGAAGCAGAACAAGAAUGGAAAGCAGGAUUCCAUCGGUGGAGCAAUUACAUGGUGGACUGGAAAAAUCAAUUUAACGAUUACACAAGCAAGAAAGAAAGUUGCACAGAUUUUUGAAGAUUUCAAAGAUGGAGAAGAGAGACCGGGGGGAGACUUGACAACACAGAAGAGGAGAAAGAAGGCAAUGUGACCACAGAGGCAGAAAUUGGAGAGAUUCAGCCACAAGCUAAGGAAUGUCAGCAGAUACCAGAAUCUAGAAGAGACAAAAAUAUGAAUUCUUCCCUGGCACCAAUGAUGGAAAGGUAGCCCUGAUGAGACCUUGGUUAUGACUUAGUGAAGCUUAUUUCAAAUUUCUAAUUUCUAGAACUGAGAGAGGAAAAAUUUGAAUUGUUUAAGUCAUAAAGUUUGUGUUAAUGUAUUACAGCAGUCAUAGUAAACUGAAAUGAACACACACACAUAUACAUGUAUAAUUUUGCCAAAUAUAUUGAAUUAUUAUUUAUCUAACAUAUUAUUCCUUAAAUCUUCAAAGGUAUUUCAACCUACUAGUUAAAAUGUAUCUUCAUUUUGUGAUAAUUUUUAGAUAUAUGUUUCUUAUUUUUUCUCUGUCCACUCUAUUCUCUCCUCCUGUGGUCCUAUUAUUCUUGAGUCUAAUUACAUCAAACUGUCCCAAUUUAGUCUCUCUUUAAUUUUUCUUUAUUGCUUUCCUUAGAAAUACUCUCACUUGGGAUGUUUCCCCUCUGAUAUUUGCUCUUCCUCUCUGAUUUGCCUUCUAUAGCUAAUCUAUUAUUUUAUUACCACUGUUAUUAAAGGUAGUAAUUUUUGUUUUGCCUCCCAGAUAGUUUUCAUUUCAACUUAUUCUCUUUAUGGUUGAUGUAAUUUCAUAAAUGCAAAAAUUCCUUUUAACCUUUCAAAAUAAAUUUUUAUUAUUCA